CAUUCUUCUGGAGUUGAAACUGUAAGGAGGCCGGACACAAGAUGUCUGACACCGACACGUGUGUAGAUGUGAUGCAUUUCCUGGAAGAGCUGGACGACAUCGAUCUGCUUUCCACUCUCCAAAAUGUGUUACACGAUGUGAUGGGCCCGCUCAACCCGUCAAAUCCGCCUCCGCCUCCUGUUGUCGUUCCUGACCUCAACAUCCGCCCUCAGAUUGAUCAAAAUCUGAGUGGAUAUGGAUAUGGUGGGUGCACCCCCCUGGGAGCAGCUCCGCACAGCGUUGAGCCUCCAAGUACCCUGUACAGUACGGCAGGUGCUUACAAUCAGGGACAACAAUGCUAUGUCCACCCUCAGAUGAAUCAAAAUCUGAGAGGAGGAUAUGGUGGGUGCACCGCCCUGGGAGCAGCUCCAAUGAGCAUUGGACAUGCUGCUCCCAUCCCGUACCAAGGACCUCAGUAUGCCAUGCAGCCAGGUCCUCCGUACAUGCAGGCAGGCGCUUAUAGCCAGGGACAGAACCUGCCAUACAGGCCAUACGUCCCGAGUGCAGCAGCCACCCCCUACGCUGCUCCUCCGCUGAACCAGCGCAUGCGUCCUCUUGGAGUGCUGAAUGGAAAGGUGAUUUACGGGUUUCCAGUCAAUUUUCCCGCCACUUCUACCUCUGCUGCUCCACCUCGGCCUCCACCACCGAGCACCUUCACAUCAAAUAAGAGAAAGCGUGAAGACGGGCAUGAUGGUCGGUCAUACGUGAAAAAGCCGCCAAAUGCCUUCAUGCUUUACAUGAAGGAGCAGAGGCCAAUUUAUGCGGCCGUAAUGAAACUCACUGGGACUGCAGGGGUUAACAAGAUCCUUGGAGAUAAAUGGAAGUCGCUGUCCAAUGAGGAGCAGGCGAAAUACUUCCAAGUGGCAGACCGAGAAAGACGGCUCCACGCCCUGCAGCACCCGGACUGGUCAUCCAGUAACAAUUACGGCCAAAAGAGGAAGAGGGAAAGGAGCAAGGCCUCCAAAAUGACUGAAGCAUCUGCAUCAACAUCUGGAGAGGUCACACAGGAAGUGAAGAGGAUGUGUGUGACCCCAGGAUACACAGGUGUGAGAGAGACUCAUCACGCACAGUCAAACGUGAUGCAGCCCUCCACCUCGAUGAAAGACGUGACAGUGACUCAUGACGCACAGUCAAACAUGAUAAAGCCCUCUACCUCAACGACAGGUGUGAGAGAGACUCAUCACGCACAGUCAAACGUGAUGCAGCCCUCCACCUCAAAGACAAGUGUGAGCGUGACUCAUCACGCACAGUCAAACGUGAUGCAGCCCUCCACCUCAACGACAGUGACUCAUCACGCACAGUCAAACGUGAUGCAGCCUUCUACCUCAACGACAAGUGUGACAGUGAUUCAUCACGCACAGUCAAACGUGAUGGAGCCCUCCACCUCAAUGGAGUCCAACUUCAUGGCUGGGGACAAAGGUUUAUCAACGGUGGAGAUGCUCAAGCUGCUUGAGAUGUCUCCUCCCCCCACGCCACAGACUCUGCCGCCCAUCUCUGAAGCAGUUGAAAGUCAAACAACUGAGCCAGACUACCUUACCUGGCUGGAUGACUCAAACACAGUGUCUUUUAUAGAUAUACUUGAGUCUCCUCCCCCCACGCCACAGACUCAGCAUCACUCAGCAUCACUCUGCACCGAUUCUGCAUCGAUGUACUCCCCCCUUGCACUGGAUGACAACCAAACUACGGUGUCUAAACUCUUGGCCGGGAUUGAAUAUCCACCUAUGGCAGAGCUGCUUGAGCUGCUAAGUGGCUGAGUCUUGUUUUUGUGAAGGGGCAAAAGGGGAAGAGGGAGAGGGACAGGAGCAAGGCCUCAAAAUGACUGAAGCAUCUGCAUCGACAUCUGGAGAGGUCACAUCGCAAGCGAAGACGAUGUGUGUGAAGCUAGGUUACAUAAGUGUGACAGUGGCUUCUCACACACAGUCAAACGUGAUGCGGCCCUCCACCUCAACGACAGAUGUGACAGUGGCUUCUCACGCACAGUCAAACGUUAUGGAGCCUCAAUGGAGUCCAACGUCAUGGCUGGGGACAGAGAUUUAUCAACGCUGGCGAAUGUUCGAGCUGCUUUAGAUGAUUCCUGUCCCCACGCCACAGACUCAGCUGCCCAUCUCUGAAGCAGUUGAAAGUCAAACAACUGAGCCCGACUACUUUGCCUGGCUGGAAGACUCAAUGGUGGGAGAUUUUCCUCAUCCGAAUCGAGGGUCUAAAUACAGAGAAUGUCGUAUGCUGACUAUGUUUUGUGGUAUUUCAAUAUACAGCAAAUAAAACAAAGAAAACAAA